AUGGAAGCAAACCAAAGAGCACAAAGAGAAAUAGAGAAAAACUCAGCAUCAGUCAUAAACAGAGCAGCAAAAACACUUGGAAACAUAGGCUCCGUUAAGAAACUCGUUCCAGCAAGUACAAACACAUCAGUUGUUGUUGUUGGCAUUGCUGUUCUACUAGUUGUCUUAUUAGUAUCAGUAAUCAUCUACAAGAUAAGACAGAAAAAACAACCGCGAGUCUUUGGAAUUCUAAUAACAUACAAAAGGGAAACUUUAGAAGAUCAACUUAGAGAGGUUACAAACGAAAACGUUGCAUUAACAGAAGAAGAUAAAAGAAAACAAGAAGUAAUUGCUGGAUUAACCAAAAAAGUUAAAGACUAUUCAGAAAAAAUUGCUGGAUUAAACAAACAAGUUCAAGACUAUUCAGAAGAAAUUGAUAACUUAAACAAACAAAUUCAAAACUAUCUCCAUCUAGAAGAAGUGGAUAAAUUAAAAAAACAAGAAGAAAUUGAUAACUUAAAAAAGCAAGUUCAAGUCUAUUCAGAAGAAAUGAAUAAAUUAAACAGACAAAUUCAAGACUAUUCAAGAGAAAGUGCUAUUUUAGAAAAGCAAGAAGAAAUUGACAACUUAAACGAACAAGUUAAAAAUCUUUUAGAAGAAAAUGCUAGAUUAAACAAGAAAAUUCAAGAUUUUCCACAAGAAAUUGAAAGAGUAAAAGAUGCAACUCUAGAAAAAGUUAAAAAAAAUAUACUCGGAUGA